UAGCUUUGAGAAUGAGAGCAACAAUGGCAGUGUUUGAGUGCAUUAAGAGAAUGAUUUAUAUGUGUAUAUUGGUUCUCUUCCUGUUCGGCUUCAUUGCCGAAACACGAACUGCCCCAACAACAGUCGAUGACGACCCCGAGGAAGUUGCUUCCAUGGUCUCCUUGAGCAUCGAAAAAAAGCUCAGGCAACUCCAGGGAUCAUCCUCAUUAUCAUGUGCUACCGGGAAUUCCAUCGACGACUGUUGGCGAUGUGACUCCAAUUGGUACAACAAUCGGAAACGCCUCGCGGAUUGCGCUAUUGGUUUCGGCAGGAACACAAUUGGAGGCCGCGACGGGCGCUUCUACAUCGUCACUGACUCUAGUGACGACGAUGCCGUCAACCUUAAAGUCGGGACCCUUCGCCACGCUGUUAUACAAUCCGAGCCUCUAUGGAUUGUGUUCCAGCGUGACAUGGUGAUCCAGCUCAAGCAGGAGCUUAUCAUGAACAGCUAUAAAACCAUUGACGGCCGCGGAGCCAAUGUUCACAUUGCAAAUGAAGCAUGCAUUACAAUCCAAAACGUCACGAACAUCAUAAUACAUGGCCUCCACAUCCAUGACUGCAAGCCUACGGGGAAUGCCAUGGUGAGGAGCUCACCGUCACACUUUGGUUGGAGAGGAAUGGCAGACGGUGAUGCUGUGUCGAUUUUCGGCUCCAGCAACGUGUGGAUUGAUCACAACUCACUCACCAACUGCGCCGACGGCCUCGUGGAUGUUGUCAUGGCCUCAACUGCAGUUACAAUCUCUAACAAUUACUUCUCGCACCAUAAUGAUGUCAUGUUGUUUGGUCACAGCGACUCUUAUACUGGAGACAAGGACAUGCAAGUGACGGUUGCUUACAACCACUUUGGGGAAGGACUGAUGCAAAGGUUGCCGCAUUGUAGGCACGGUUAUUGUCAUGUGGUGAACAAUGACUACAGCCACGGUUGGGGGAUAUACGCCAUCGGUGGAGGUGCAAACCCUACCAUCAACAGUGAAGGCAACCGAUUUGUUGCUGAUCUGAAAAGGUACCCGGAUUCGAGUGAGGUUACCAAGAGGACUUCGGGGGACAAGUUGGAGUGGAAGAACUGGAAUUGGAUUUCUCAGGGAGAUUUGUUCUUGAAUGGUGCCUACUUUGUUCCGUCUGGAGCAACCGGAGCUAACUCGGAGGCCUAUGCUAAGGCCUCGAGCUAUGCAAAAGCUAAGAAAUCUUCCAUGGUUGGAGCCAUAACUUCUGCUGCUGGUGCACUCACCUGCCGCAAAGACCAUAUGUGCACUAGUAACUAGCUAAUACCUCACACUAAAUGUUGCUUCUUUUCUUCUUUCUUUGUUAGGUCAGGUCAUGUGUUCAAUAGUUUUAGUUCUGAACUAGUAUUAGGAGCAGAUCAAUAGAGCCUAAAAUGAUAGUCAAGUGUCGUCAAUUAUCUUUUAAUGCAUUUCAUCUCCUGC